GCCACUUUAGGUUUUCUAGUUGACCGAGGGGCCUAGUGUCCUUUUCCUACCUACCUGUUGUCGAGUUUCAUCAUUUAUCAUGUUUGGCCUCGAGUAUCUCACAUCCGACCAAAACAAUGACCACAUUCCCUUCACAACAAAUCGUUCGAUCUGAUCUUAUACCGCUCAUUCUCAUUCUCAUCCUCGCUCAUGACUCUGCUUCGCCGCAGCCUAGAUAACCCUUGCUUAGACCUCCUCUCCGAGUACAUACACACUUGCAAGUUGUCUCGUCCAUCUCAGCUCAGUCGUUGUCGUCCUGUCCCUGCCCGGCCGCACCCUUGCUAGCAUGACGCCUCACUCGCUUUGUACUCGACAUACAUAGACCACAACUCAUAGUCGUUCCAUAAUACAUACGAUAAUAUACAAUACCCGCUCCUCGAGCUCAGUUCAGCCCUCAGCCCCCAUUCCCAUCAAUCUCGACACUACCAGCCGUUUGACACCGAACCAAGGCCCCAACCACUGCUUACCGCACCAUUUUGCCCUAGUCCAACACGAUCUGCAGCCCACUCCCACUGUUAAACGGACUGCAGACUGCCUGUUCCCUCGCCUUCGCUCUAAACUGGAUCGCCCCCCUCCCAUCCCUCUCCACCGUCCAUCUUGCAGCGUUGAAAUCAGAGACAUUUCCGCCUCCUGUUUCUCCAUCAAAAGCAAGCAAUCGCCAAUCUGCUAGACCGCCAGCGCGCUUCUCACUAGCACACGAACGACCCAGAUUCCAAGUUAGAGCCAUAGCCCAAGUCUCUCUGGCCUCUUCAGCCCCCCUUUUGGCGCUUGCCUGUAUGCAGAAGCCGGGCUUCUGCUCUGCCUCGACUCGCUAGCACGGCCGAACUGUAGAAAAGCUUCGGCUUUCCCCCUUCGCUCCGUCGCGGAGCUGGACCUUGGCCUCACGAUGCGCCGCUCCGCUCUUCAUAUGUCCAUGAGCCACCUACGAGACAACCCCCCGUCGCCCACAAAUACAACAGCCUCUAUUGCCGGUUCAUCUCUCAACGUUGUUGAAGCUCUCUUGCGGGACGAGGAUUUCCAAACUGAGCAUCGUCAACCUGCGGACCUACUCACAACCAGCGGCGCCUCUUAUAACACCUUCAACAUCCGCCCUCCUUCACAAGCUCAUGGUGGCCAGCCGCAAUAUAACCCAACUCUCCUGCCUAGCACAGAGGAAUCAUACAACGUCCCUGAAUUCACAGGCGAUUCGCCUAUGAUUGAUGCGUUCCCCACCGAAGAAAAUACCAUCUCCAAGGCACCUACUUUCGCGAUAGUGACUGACGGCUCUUCUACUGCAAUCGCCACCGAUUUCUCAGACCGGAACAAUCCCGACCAAUUCUCCUCCAACGCCUACAUCGAGACCUAUAAUUCCGAGUCUGAACCCCCGGAGUCCGAGUCCGACCCUGAUCAAGAGCAUCAGGACGGUAUUGAUCUUGAUUUGGACACUUCCAUCCACCCACCUUUCUUGGACGACUAUUGGAUAUCUCCCACAUAUCUCGACUUGAACUCUGACCACAUACCCCCUUACCACGACGUGGAUUAUGACAUUUAUAUGAGCGACAGCGAAGGUGGUGCUCCUCUCGACGACGCAUUCGACGAAAUUGAACACUUCACGGACGACCAGUCUGUUCUAUCUGAUGGGGACAACGAUGAAUCAACCCCUAUCAACCACUCAACUAACCAUCUUUCGCAAGCCGCCUUCCAUCCGCCCACCACAGUCGACAACGACCUAAUCAUGGAUGCUGUUCCGCCUCCUGCGCCAUGGGUUGACGUCGUGAUCGAAGACAUGGCUACGUUGGAGGGCAAUGCGUCUCCUUCGCCAGCAGAGGUUCUAGGCCAGCCACCACUGAGCAACCCCAACCCGACUAUGAUUGGAUCUCAAAAUCUUGGCCUGGUAGACUUUUUGAGACACUGGGCAUUCCAAGCUCAUGCUUCCUCCUGCCCAUCCCCCUCGCGGAUUCACGCACCCUAUCCAGAAGAUAUUCGUCGUCAAGCGAAUACACACAUCCGAGAUGUUCAGUACAAGGACCUUCAAGGCGAUGGCUAUGACAUACAGGGCUUGGAUUGGGCAUCCAUGAACACUACUAGGGAGUAUGCGCGGCAAAUACGAUGUGCCACUUUCAAGAAUUAUGUCAACAAGGAUGGCUCAGAUAGAUGGAGCCCUCACAUGGAUGACGCAGCUCUCCCCGCGAAUCAAAACUUUAUGAGAUUCAAGAGGUUCCUUAUCCGCCAGGAUGUCUAUCUAGCUCAUUUUCAGCUACGGAGCGUCCUAGCAUGCCCCUCAAUUUCACAAGCCUACUACCCUGGCAGGAGAGGAAUCAACCGAAUCAACCCAGUCACGGGAAAAGUAGAGCUCGUACUUAAUAAUAGUCAUAUACAUGGUCUGGGAGCUCUCAUCUCCACUCUCGAUGCAAACCAUGGUGCCAUGUUUGCCGGCACUUUCAAUGGCGAAUACUAUCUCAAAAGCCUGGAUUCGGAAGACAAGAAAGACUUUGCAGAAGGUGUCAUUACUACAAAUAUGGGAGGUAUCACCAACCAUGUCCAGAUCUACCAACCCCGGCGAUCUUCUGGUCCUGUUGCUGCCAUUGCCAGUAACGACGAGGGAUUCCGCCUUCUAGACCUUCCUACACAGAAGUUCUUGAUGCAGAGCAAGUAUCGAUUCGCGCUCAACUGUACGCGCAUGUCACCUGACGGCCGUUUGAGAGUCAUGGUCGGCGAUGACUUCAAGGUACUGAUUACCGACGCCGAUACCGGCGAGAUUCAACAGGAACUGUCUGGACACCGCGACUAUGGCUUUGCCUGCGAUUGGUCCGAUGAUGGGAGGACAGUAGCCACCGGCUUCCAGGAUAAGGGCGUCAAGGUCUGGGAUGCUCGCCGUUGGUGUGACUCGCGGGGUGUCAGCACACCUCUGUGCACUAUCAGAUCCGAUAUGGCUGGUGUGAGAAAUUUGCGCUUCUCUCCCGUCGGUAGUGGUGAGAGAGUACUCAUUGCUGCCGAGGAGGCUGACAUUGUCAACAUCAUUGAUGCUCAGACUUUUAACAGGAAGCAGACAGUCGAUUUCUUUGGUGAGAUCGGCGGUAUUGCAUUUACCAACGGUGGGCAUGAACUCAAUGUCUUGGCGAGCGACCGUCAUCGUGGCGGCCUUCUUCAGCUUGAACGAUGUGGCCGUGCCGCCGAGCCCUAUUUCUUCAGUUACUGGAAACGUUAUGUCGAUGGUGACACCGCCGAUUGGCGCCAUAAACCCGAUGAGUUUACACGCAGCGGUGAAUGCUAUCGUCGAGUUCCAGCUUCGACGGAUGCCUUGCCCAUCUUCUAAACCAUUUCCCGAUGGCUUCAAGCACCUUUGAAUCAGAUAUACAAAGCGUCUUGGUGUGAUUCACAAAUUAUCUUUAUACUUGUUUGACCUCGCUGGUUACUCUCCUUCAUUCGAAGCAUCUGCCUGCUAGCGUUAUACCCCUUUUGUUCUGGCUUAUCAUAUCAUGAUAAGUUGAGAAAUUACCAUUGGCCAUUCACAGCACAUCACUUUCUAUAUAGGCGGAGAUGGUUUACAAUAUGAAGACAUAAACUACACAAGCUACACAAACCCUCGCUACAAAGCUAUUAAUCAUUUUCUUCUUUCUUUUCCUUUAUCACCGACAUCAUUAUCCUUGCGGCUCAGGGCUGAGCCCGGUCACUUUGUUUGGGAGACUAUAGAUAUCAGAUAUCAGGACAGUGGCGACGGGGUCUUCAUUUCUCGGGCAUGGUACACACAAUCAGUGAGCUUUCGAAGCUUUGGUUUUAUUACACUAUGAGUGGGACAGUCCGUUUUUGUGGGUAAGUUUUGGGACAUAGGAGCGAAGUACAAGUCAGUUGUAAUCUAUGUACUUUGCAAAGACGAUAUUGAAUGACUACCUUCCUACCUAGCUAGCUAAUAUGGACGUGGCUAUCUGCAUGGUCUCCAUUCCCUCGGUGGUUACACACCACAGCUAUUUCAGUUACAAUAUCAUCCAAGGACAAGGCAUGUUCCAUAUGCUCAGAUCCAAGACAAACAUGUCUCUCGUAAAGC